AAAGGUUGCUAUUAGCUACAGCAGAAUAACAAAAACAAAAACAAAACACAACCCCAUCCCCAUUCCCAUUUGGGGAAAAAAAGGUUGAAUCUUUAAACAGUGAAGGGGAGAGUGGAGUGUUCCAACUUGCUUGUUCUGUGUUUUCCUUUGCAAAAAAUAAAAAAUGGAAGAUUUCAGAUCCAAAUCGUACGGUGAUGGAAGGAUGCAGAUUGAGACUUACUCUGGAGGUGGCAUGCAAGAUCUCCGUUGUCACAGUGCCUCCUAUGCCUCCUCUGUGUACCCAACCCAAACCCAAACCCAAACCCAAACCCAGAUGGGAAACGAUGCCAAGUUCAAGAAAGGCAAGUCCACAAAUGGGUCCACUUCAAAAAGUUGGAGCUUUAGUGAUCCUGAGUUGCAGAGGAAAAAGAGGGUGGCUAGUUACAAGGUUUAUGCUGUUGAAGGUAAACUUAAAGGGUCUCUUAGGAAGAGUUUUAAAUGGCUCAAGGACAGGUGCAACAGAGUUGUCUAUGGCUGGUAGCUUCUUUGGUUGGUCGGUGCUCUUUGAAAUUUUAACCCUUAUUUCUUAAGGGUGUCUAAUUUCGGUACUGUCCUUAAAUCUCUUAUCAAAAUGAGCAUCUUUCGGCUGGGUUUCUUAUAUAUGAAUGAAUAAUUGUUUGCCUUUGUUGAUUUAAUGGUUAGUGUUUAUUUCCAUGGCUGGAAGUACACUUAAGAAAUGUAAUAUGGAAAAAGAAAUUGAAAUUGUGAUUCAAGUGUUCAUUUUGGUUUCUGUAAAGAGUGUAAUUAUGUUGCUGCUGCGACUUCUUUUUCUAACUCUGGUGGUUGUGAAGUUUCAUUUCCUUCUAGACU